ACAAUGAAUGACGUGCUAAGAUGUCCCGGACGUUGUAGAUGAACUCAUAACAAUCACGUCGGAAACAGGAGAAAUUGACGAGAUCCUGUUUACUUUGCAGUGUAGUACAUCUGAACAAGAGAAAUCAAAAUGGGGUUGGACUUUGGAGGAAGAUUGGGCCAGAUCAUUCUGGUGGUCAUCAACAUAAUAUUCAUGUUGAUGGGCCUCGGCCUCCUCAUACCAGGAAUAGUUCUACAGACGAACAUCGAUUUCGUGACAGCUGAAAUCAAGCCUGUCCUGGAUCAGAUUGCCGUCACGGGCGUCCCCCUCGGUGACAUUGUUACAAACCUCGGGAUCGGAUUCAUUAUCGUGGGACUCUUUGUGUUCCUGGUCGCUGCCGUGGGGCUGCUGGGCGCCUGCUGCAAAAGCAAAUGCCUUCUGACGGUUUACUCCAUUGUCGUUUUGUUGGUACUACUCUCCGAGAUUGUUGUGGUCAUCUUGUGGUUUACCAUGCAGAGUGAGCUGAACUCUGCCGUGAAGGAUAAACUAGUGACCUUGUUACGGGAAGGAUACAGAGAGGACAGCCUGAACGGAACCAACCAAAUCAGCAAUGGAUGGAACUACAUCUUCCUGACGCUUCAAUGUUGCGGCGUCAACGCAGUGGCCAAUGGAACAGCUGGGGAUUUCCAGAACACUCCAAACUGGAGCGGCAAGUCGUCAGGUCAAAAGCUGCCCAUUUCCUGCUGCAAAGGGGUUACCGCAGCAAGCUACAACGCCCCUAGCACAUGUACCGUUAAUGCCCAAUCUGGAACAUACCAUGCUCAGGUAUGUUAUAUACAUGUAGCGUCAAUGUCCUACCUGGAACAUAUCAUACCCAGGUAUAUUAGAUCACCUGUCAGUUUAGUCACCAGUGGUAUGUUCCUACAGGUAGAUCACCUGUCAGUUUAGUCACCAGUGGUAUGUUCCUACAGGUUACAUAUGUUUAUGUGUUAUUUUACGCCCCAGUCGAGAAUUUGGUUUUGCUUCUAUGGAGACGUCACCGGUUGUAGGUCAAGUGGUACAAAUGACAUGACGCUCAACGUGAUAGCAGUGAGUGUGAGGGUGCUUUGUCAAGACAAGGUGUACCUCCGUUGUUUUGUUUAUAAUAUAAUGUCUGGAAAACCCGUCACAUUGACUUAAGUCGUCGGGAUCGAGAAUCAAACCCAAAUAUUUAUGACGUCAUCUCGUAUCAGUUGUAAAAUUUGAAUGAAAUAGUGAAAAUAUAACCGAAAUUAGAGGUUGCGUGUCGAUUUAAGGAAUAUACAUAUCUAUUUUGUGAACAUGGGGGUGUUGGUGUACAAUCGGCUUGGCCGAUUAUUUACAUAACACUAUAAAAAAAAACUUCCUAGAUACUUAUUCCGUAAAACACAUUACAAACAAUGAUACUAUAAGUAAGUAAGUAAAUUGUAUUUAAAGUCGGCACUGUAUACAAUAGUAACAAAUAACAUGAGCUCUACAGAUCUCUUAAACCGACUAUCACAGACAAAAUAAAAUAUCACAAAGUAAGCAUGCAAAAACUAACACAUAUAUACAUAUUUACACGCAUACUGUAUAGCCAGACAGUUUCAGAAGUUAAGAAUUAAAACGAAUCAAACAAAAGUUUUUCACUGCAAAAUUUAAACAUUAAAUUCAAACCUAAACAUUAAGAAUUGUUAAGAAACA